AUGUCAAUUUUAUCGUCCAUUUUAUCGUUAUUCUCUCUUUCGGUUCUAGAUACAAGGCUUGAUCCUCCAGAUGAUGAGAAAAAACGACAGUCGAUAAUACUUUCAGCUGGGCCCAACCGUUGGUAUACCAAAGAGUAUUAUGCUUAUGGGAUAGUUUUUCUAGUUACCGUUCCAUUGAUGUUUAAGGCUGUCAUCGAUGCCAGCAGUGAUUCAUACGGAGGAAUACUUCCUCGCUGGGAUGUCAACUUUAAUUUUUCUAUGUUAAGGAUGGUCAGCUUUAAUAUGGACCGUUUUUUAGCUGUCGAGUUUUGGAAUUCUGAAACGCUUUCGGAUAAAGAUAAGCCUUCAGAAUCUACAAUAUCUGAAAAAGAACGAAUCGAUACCCCUCUUCCAUUGGAACAAUAUAAUCUUACAAACUAUUUAUCAUACGUUUUAUAUUCUCCUCUUUACAUGGCCGGCCCUAUAUUAACAUUUAAUGACUUUUAUCGACAAACUAACAUUACUCUCCCCUCUAUAACUCCCUACAGGAUUUACAGAUAUGCUCUGCGUCUUAUUUUCUGCAUAUUGGUAAUGGAAUUCAUCCUUCAUUAUAUAUUUUGGGCUAUGACAGAUGGUAUUGAUCCACCAGAAAACAUGAUUCGUUGCAUGGAUAACAAUUACUCAGCAUUAUCGUUUUGGAGAGCCUGGCAUAGAAGUUUUAAUAAAUGGAUUACCAGAUAUAUUUAUAUUCCCAUGGGUGGAUCAAGGCGCAACCCUGUUUUAAACUCUUUAGUGGUUUUUUCUUUCGUCGCAAUUUGGCAUGAUAUUCAACUUCGUCUUCUUAUUUGGGGCUGGCUAGUUGUUCUAUUUAUUUUACCAGAAAUUUUAGCCACCGUUAUAUUUCCUGCAAAAAAGGUAUGUGAAAAGGAGUGA